CUUUGUUCCCGAUAACAGGCAGCCACUGUUUACUCGGUCAGCGCGUGGCCGGUUGACAGUCGCACUGUCGAGCGACGACAUACUGCAGCACAUCUCACCGGAGGCAGUGGACGGGCGCUGAUGCAGAGGUAACCGUCCAACAUGAACGUCAUUGAAUGGGCCUUUGGCAAGCGCAUGACGCCAGCAGAGCGUCUGCGCAAGCAUCAACGAGCAUUGGAGAAGACACAGCGAGAACUCGACCGCGAACGAACGAAACUCGAGAAUCAGGAAAAGAAGCUUGUACAGGACAUCAAGAAGAAUGCAAAGAAUGGACAGAUGGGCGCAGUGAAGGUGCAGGCGAAGGACUUGGUGCGCACUCGAAGAUACAUCCAGAAGUUCUACCAGAUGCGGACACAGUUGCAAGCGAUUUCACUACGGAUACAGACCGUUCGCAGUAACGAACAGAUGAUGCAGAGCAUGAAGGGUGCGACACAAUUGCUUGGUAGCAUGAACAGGCAGAUGAAUCUUCCGGCGCUUCAACGAAUAGCAAUGGAGUUCGAGAAGGAGAACGAUAUUAUGGACCAGCGACAGGAAAUGAUGGACGAUGCAAUUGACGACGUCACGGGCCUUGAAGAUGAAGAAGAGAGUGAGGAAGUCGUGGGUCAGGUCCUAGAUGAGCUCGGAGUCGACCUUGGCCAACAGCUCGGUGAGACGCCCACGGGCCUGCAGAAAAAUGCAGUUGGCGAAGGUAGAGUUGCAGAAGCAAUAGGCGGCGGAGACGCUGGCGACGACGAUCUCCAAGCACGACUCGACAGUCUACGAAGAUAACGACACUUAUGAGUUCUUUGACAGCCAGUAGGCCAUUUCUCAUUGCUUUCCCACAAUACCGCGGCUGGCAUUGUAGAUUGGAUAUCACGCGAGAAGUCUAGAAGCAUCAACAAGAAGAUUGCAGCAUGUCCCG